GGGUAGUCAACGCAAAGGAUGAAAAGCAUUCUUUCGGGAGAGAUAGGUGGCCCUAAAAAGUGUUUUUUGGACGAAUUUGACAGUAUCAACUCUGUUUGGAUCAACGCUUGUGGAUUUUACCACGCUAACCAGUGCAGACUUCCCAGGUGGGCUCAAGACAAACAUUGCAAACCUAUUCGCCGAGCAGACGAUAUACUCUGACAGUGUUGUCAUUACCGAUGUGGCAUUUGCAACUCUCCAAGCAGACCUCCGUAAAACAAGAGGCAGUGUUAUUCCUCAAGGAAAGGGGACAGGACAUCAACACUGUCAGCGCAGUAAGCAUGUUACUAGACCGUUGAAGGACUCGAAGCAAUUCCAUGCCUACUUUUGUCAGGAUAAUGUCAUUAAAUGUGCCGAUUACCACAGGGUAGGAGAAAGGGUUCUAGAUUUAAUGACAAUGUUCAUUUACACAUCGGAUAGAAUCGUCUUUAUUCUAUCUAAGAUUAAAUACCAAUACACUUUAAAUUUAAAAAGAAGAAGCAAUGUUUUGAAAAAAAAAUGUGCUAGCAAAAAAUUACAAUACGAUAAAUAAUUACACGAUGACAGCUACCUCUGCCUCUUAGCACACACACACACACACACACACACACACACACACACACACACACUGAAGUCUGGUAUUGUUUACUACGUGAUCGAUUAUUAAUAAAACAAUCGACCACUUGGCACCAGCUAUAGGUGAAGAAGGCAGCCAAGGAUGGUCAGACGACCAGCUUGUUAUGUUUAAUGUUGUUCAUGUGCCGAAUAUGGGGGGAUUUAAAGCAAUACAGAUGUCGUGUUGGCGGAAGGGAAUGUGACCACUGGUGUGUGACCAGACACGACUCUCCUCGAUACUAAGUGUGACGGGACCCCCUAUAAACGUUUGUAGGUCAGUCGUUUAUAAUAUAGCAUGGCUGCUAUGCGCAGACGCGUCAAGUGGGACCACAGUGUAAUAUCAGAUAACACAGGUUAGAUGAAGUGAAUUUAUCGACAUAUCUACACAACUGACGGAUACACCUGGAACCACCCCCGGUUCUGAUUUGACCGAUUGGCUUAUACGAAUCGAUUCGAGGUGUAUGCCACUGUGAAGAUAUCUGACGAGCAGACGACAUGAAUGCGGAAGUACUCAGGCCGUUGUGAUAACUUGUGAAAUUUGAAAAUCGAUGUGGCAAUGGCAACUCUCCCAGCAGACCUCCGCAAAUCAAGAGACAGUGUUAUUCCUCAAGAACAGGGUCCAGGACAUCAAGACCGUCAGCGCAGUAAGCAUGUUCCUAGACCGUUGAGCGACUCGAAGCAAUUCCAUGCCUACUUCUGUCAGGAUAAUCUCGAUUCCAUUUGGACGAGAAAGCUCAUUGAUGAAUUGGAAGGGAGUCAUGGCUUUAAAUGUGCCGAGUAUCACAGGGACUUGGUGGUAGGAGAAAGGGUUUUAGAUUUAAUGACUAUGUUCAUUUUCACAUCGGAUAGAAUCGUCUUUAUUCUAUCUGAGAAUUUUCUCAAGUCGAAUUAUGCCAUGUAUCAACUUCAGCUGGCCGUGCAGUAUGACAUUGACCACGACACAAACAACAUAGUGGCACUCCACGUGGACGAGUGUAGAGUGCCGUCAGAGCUGUUGACAUUUCAGAUCAUUGACACAAAGUCUCGUGGGUGGAAGGACAUAUUUAUGGACUAUUUGAAGAAACCGACACCGCAGAUGCCAAACGAAAUAUGCACGAACGGAACACAUGUGAGUGUGCAGGACCUGUGCAGGACCCAGAGAUCAGUGAUGUCCGACCCGCCCACACUCAGGCCAACCUUACAAAUCCCAGAAUAUAUCAGGAUGCAGAUAAAGAUAUGGCACAAGAGUAAAUUUCUGGAUGACAAUCACCUCAGAAAAGCAGUAUUAUUAGAAUCUUCUCACAGAAGAAUUCAGCCGGUUCCGACUUCGGACCUAUCUUCGGUUCCAUCAACAGACGGGCCUAACUCACUGGAAGCUGACGAUAGGCUCGCUGUUGAGUACCAUGCAGAUCAGGUGACCAAAUCACAGGCUACAUUGUUGCAUGCCCUCAACAUACGCGAGAAGGAUAAAUUCGUGUACGAGGCGAGAGAGUCACGGCUGACAGACAAUGGGGGUGAACUGAACAUUCAAGAAGGAGACGUGUUAGAAAUGUUACACGAUGAACCCACUCAUGGUAAUAUGUACAAGUGUAAAAAUGCUCAAGGACAUGUUGGUUUUGUGCCUACAUCGCUGAUGUCGCCAUCUUUCUAUUUGCUCCCCUCUCAAAUUGUAAAACAGUUUAAACAAACAAUAUCACCUUCUGAAAAUGAAGGGUUCAGAAAGGAACUUGAACAACUUGGAAUUUCCUACUUCGUUGCCAGGAGCUGCGUCGAAAAAACACGUGGAGAUAUUAUCAACUUAUCUGUUAAAAAUGGUGAUGUCCUGCUUCAACUAAAAAUACCAAACAAAGGUCUUGCUAUUUUCAAAAACUGUCGAAAUGAAACAGGGUACCUGCCUGUGUCGCUUGUGGAUUGUGUAAAUGUCCCGAAGCCUCCUUUAGAAUCUCGAGUAUCGGAUCUGUCCAACAUUUCCAUUGGUAGUGAGGGUUAUGCAUCAGAGGCAAGCCAUUUGUCUUGGUCCUCUGUGUAACAAGGGGUGGUCGGGUAGCCUUGUGGUUAAAGCGUUUGCUCGUCACGCCGAAGACCCAGGUUCGAUUCCCGACAUGGGUACAAUGUGUGGAGCCCAUUGCUGGUGUCCCCCGCCGUGCCUGACCACCCGAUCCCCUAAGUCGCCUCUUACGACAAUGUUAAGUAUAGCGGUUCAAAGAAUACGUAAGAGGCGGCUAACGGGAUCGGGUGGUCAGGCUCGCUGACUGGCUGAUGCAUGUCAUCGUAUCCCAAUUGCCUGGAUCGAUGCUUAUGAUGCCAAUCACUGAAUUGUCUGGUCUAGACAUGAUUAUUUACAGACCCCCGUCAUAUAGCUGGAAUAUUGCUAAGUGCGACGUUAAAAACAAACAAAGAAGGAAAAAAGCUGAACAUUAACUCGCUCUUCAGGUCUACGCAGUUGUUUUUACCUUGUCACUGGUUAAAGGUGAUGUGAUUCCUAAGCGGACAUUGAGGGGGCAUAAUUCCUUGACCUCUAGUUCUAUAUGUUCCUGAGGCAUAGACUAUUUAAACACAAUGUUACAUAUUAUUGUUUCUGCGUAAAAUAGGUAUUGUUGGACCAGUCCAGUAGACCAUGGUAUCGAUUGUGUUUUCACAUAAAAUAAAAAAAAUAAUACAUU